UCCGGGCUGGGGUCGCGCAGGCGCAGCGAGGAGGAACGUGGCCUCGUCGGGACGGUUCCAUCCGCUCUCCGCGUAUUGUCCCCUCCGCCCCGCACUGUGGUACAGCCCAGUGAAGGCGGUGGCUGACCGUCCUGCGGGCGGUGCGCGUGCGCAGCUGUUGGUUUCCAAGGACGCGGGGUGGUUGCUAGGGGGGAGCGGCGCGCAAGGCCAGUAACUGCCGGCCCGGCCGCAGCCAUGGUCCGGCUGCACGUGAAACGGGGCGACGAGAGCCAGUUCCUGCUGGACGCCGCGGCCGAGGCGCCGCUGGACGAGCUGACGCGCCUCGCAACCGCCAUCUACAAUGGGAGGCUCAAGGUGCAGCGGCUUUGUGCAGAAAUGGAAUCACUGGCAGAACAUGGUAUCUUCUUGCCUCUGAAUAUGCAAGGUCUGACUGAUGAGCAGAUUGAAGAAUUGAAGCUAAAGGAUGAGUGGGCAGAAAAAUGCAUCCCAAGUGGUGGAAGUGUCUUUAAAAAGGAUGAAGUUGGAAGAAGAAAUGGACAUGCCCCAAAUGAAAAAAUGAAGGAAGUUCUAAAAAAGACAAUAGAAGAAGCUAAAGCAUUAAUCUCUAAGAAACAAGUUCAAGCUAAUGUGUGCGUUGGUAUGGAAAUGGUGAAAGAUGCAGUGGACCAGCUCCGAGGAGCAGUGAUGAUUGUUUAUCCAAUGGGAUUGCCUCCAUAUGAUCCAAUUAGAAUGGAGUUUGAAGAUAAAGAAGAUUUAUCUGGAACUCAUGCUGGACUUGAAGUUAUUGCAGAAACAGAAGCACAAUUGUGGUGGGCAGCAAAAGAAUUAAAAAGAACAAACAAACUGUCAGAUUAUGUAGGAAAAAAUGAGAAAACCAAAAUCAUUGUCAAGAUACAGAAAAAAGGACAAGGAGCCCCAGCUCGUGAGCCACUGAUUAGUAAUGAAGAGCAAAAACAGAUGAUGCUGUAUUAUUAUAAAAAGCAGGAGGAACUCAAGAAAUUAGAGGAAGAUGACGACGACUCAUUUUUAAAUGCUGAAUGGGCAGACAGUCAUGCUUUGAAAAGACAUUUUCAUGGAGUUAAAGACAUUAAGUGGGGACCGAGAUGAAGCUCUCCAAACAUCCUUUGAUUCUUUAAAAAUAAAAAUUGCCUUACAUUAAUAACCCUCUGUGUAUUAGAAUUUCUCCGACAAUAACAGUCUUGUUAUUGGGUAUUGUAUAUCUAUUAAAAACUGUAGCAGCUAUGGGGUAGCUGAAUACAACCCAUUGUGCUAAUGUUCAUAAUUCUGCUUUAAAAGAAGUAUGUAGUUAAUUAUUUAAAUGCUGUAGUUUUAAAAUAUUUGAACUGUUUCAUAGUAACAUUCAUAUCUAAUAAAUAUGAAUUAGAUGCCUGUGCUGGUAGUCUUCAUAUUUUC